UCUAAAGACACCGUGACUGUCUUUCUAUACCAACGAAACGUGAAGCUGUAGUACGUGAAAGAUUUCUCUUCAGCCAAAGGCCCUGACAUUUUCAAGAAGCAGCAGCAAAAAUGACUAAGGGUACAACUUCUAUGGGUAAGAGAGGCAACAAGUCUCAUACCCUCUGCCGUCGUUGUGGAAAGCGCUCUUUCCAUAAGCAAAAGAGCACUUGUGCUUCUUGCGGUUAUCCCUCUGCCAAGACUCGUCGCUUCAACUGGGGUGCCAAGGCUAAGAGAAGAAAAGCCACUGGUACCGGUCGUAUGCAACACAUGAAGUUGGUCCACCGUAGCUUCGUUAACGGAUUCCGUACUGGUUCUAAGCCUGCUGCUGGAUCCAAGGCUGCCGCCGCUUCUGCUUAAGUUUAGUGCAUUCAGAUCUUUUUUUUUUUUUAGAAUAGGUAUUGCCUAUUUUAAUGUACAAAUUGUAUUCUCUGACUGGAUCCGUUCUUAUUGGCAGUUUUUGGGAAAGAAAUUUAAUAUUGUUCUUUUCAUUUUUAUGUAUUCUUGUUGUCUCGUAGAUGACUUCCAGUAGUGAUAUGCAAGUCUAAAUAAUAAGAGUAAAAGCAUGGAAAGUAAGGAG